AUGUCUCUUACCAUCCAAGUCCCGGCCGAAUAUGGCUACGUCUUCGGCGCCGCCACGGCCAUCUUCUUCGUCAACGCCUACCACUCCAUGUUGACCGGCACUUACCGCAGGGCCGCCAAGAUCCCGUACCCCAACUGCUACGCCAGCGCGGAGCUCGCCCAGAAGGACAACGCCGCCUUCCAGUUUAACUGUGCCCAAAGAGCCCAUGCCAACUUCGGUGAGAACCUGCCGACCUUCCUGGGCGCCCUCUUCAUCAGCGGCCUCCGGUUCCCCAUCCUGAGCGCCAGCGCCGGCGUCGCCUGGGCCAUUGCCCGUGUCCUGUACGCUCGCGGCUACGUCAAGAACGGUCCCAAGGGCCGUCACAUAUCGAGCAGUGGCCGGACUCGUCGAGAACAUUUUGCUAAUACAACAAGUGGUACCGUUCACUACGUCCUCGAUGUGGCCUUGAAGCUAGCGUCUGCCUACACGGCCUACACCUUCAUCCAGCCCUUGCUGUAA